UCCCGCUUACUCUCGCUCUUAUACUUUUCGCUCCAUCGUCUUCCUAAACAGCAGGUGCCCUUCAUAUAUUUGUUUCAGCCAGCAUCAUCAAAACACACACUCUCUCUCUCUCUCUCUCUUAUAUUCGUCAGAAUUGGAAGACGGCGGUUUAGGAACUCAAGAUGGAAGAGUACUUGCUUUGCAUGAAGACUCUACGCUCUCAAAUGAACGAUGUGGAGGAUCAAGCGGCGAAGAUCUCAGUCGAAGAGCAAACUCAAUUCACUACCAUUCAAACUCUGGAGAAAGAUCUCCAAUUAGCUCAUUCAGAUAUCAAGAAACUUGAAGCGGAGACUGAUCAGAUGGUGAAGGCCAAGGGGCAGAUUUGUUCCCAGAUCUUGGAGAAAAAGAGAAAAUUUUCCUCUUUGGAAUCAGAUUCGACCACGCUUUCUCAGACACUAGAGCUUAUUCAACAAGAACGAGUGAGCUUGUCAGCCAAAUUUGUGGUGAAAAGCACUUACUAUACAAAUAUUAUGGAGAAUAUCAAUGCCAAAUUGCAGCAACAACAGGAUUGGAUCAAAUAUUACAAACUUAACUCAAUCAUUGGACAACAGGGAUUGGAUGCCAGUGGGGAAGAAACAAGAGAAGCUGAAAAGGGGGAACAUAUAAGAAAAGAUGAAGGGAAGUGUAGAGUAGAGAGUCAUCCCAUUGCAGAAAAUGUGGAUGAUGCAGUGAAGAAGCUAGUGACUAUGUUAGAAUUUGGCAAAGCUAAGCUUGAUCUGGCGACACAAACAAAAGCCAAUCUUCUUGCGGAGACUAGCAAGGUAAAGCAAUCUGUUGAGCAAGUGAAGUGCAGGAUUAGUGGUUUCAAGCCAGAGCUUGGAUCAAUGAAUAUCAAGACCCUAGAAGAAGAACAUCAAGCUCUUUUAGCUGACCGAGCUGGAGAAACUGAGUAUUUGCAUUCUCUGCAGCAGCAAUUUGAGAAACUGAAGGGAAUUUCUCAGGUCGUUAAAUGUUGUUGUGGAGGGGAAUACAAGGUAGAAGUUGCUCUCUGUAUAUAGGCAUCACAGGGCAUGCAGUCAACUCUUUGUGACUAAAGAGGCUGCUAAAAGUACUCAACAUCCUAUGGACAAUAAAAUUGAUGCUUCAACAUAGUCACUGAUCAGGUAAAUGUGUACACAAGGCCUGCUUCUUUAAACCUAACUGCAAAAUGAGUACAAUUGAACUCCUGAGAAAAGAAAAAUGUAGCAAGUUGGUUGUUUUCCUUGGAAUUGUCAUGCAAUGCAAUUUUCAAAUGCUGUAUUGCUUUUCUGGUUCGUGAAAUGUUUCACGUCCUUACAUAUGGUUUCAUGAUAUGGUAUGUCAAAUUAUCGGUUAGAACCCAUUGGGGAUGCCCAUUGAUUUUGUUGUUGCAGAACUUAACCUUGUGACUUGUGAGUAUGCCUAAUAUACCGUUCAUGUCAUUAUACAAAAGUUGUCUGUACUAUUAAGCAAAAUUAAGAUUUCAUUUCUGUUGUAUUUUUAAUAGUUCAGUUGCUUCUGCGUUAUCCACGAAACCUCCUCCCAAAAGAAGUAAUAAAGUGCAAGUAAAAAUCACAUAAUCUGUAGAGCCUUUAAAGCUGCAGAGAUAUUGUGGAAUUGAUGAUCCUCGACAAAGGCAAUUCUGGGGCUAUCUUGGGGGACUACAUCGUCCCUUUUAUAACUUUCUUCGCUGCGCAGAAGCAUCUCACUACCGUAUUCAACAGAAUUUCUUAGAACAACAGUCUUGUGAAGACCAACCAAUAGGCCUUCAUAAUCUGUAUCCCCUUUCUCCCCGACAAACACUACCAUUUUGGAAAGAUCAAGACCCCACCUAACAGAUAGGUACC